UGCGCCCGCGUCUUUCUACCAGAGCCACGCGGCCGUCACGCAUCGCACCCAAUUCUCCUCAAGCCGGGAUGCCGGCUACGCUGUGACCCCUGCCAGAGCGCGCAACCCCGUCCUGACCCGCGUGUGAGACGUCCCCCGUGUUUGCCUUGGUGCGGGCCCGGAGGAGCGCGCGACCGCCGCCCGACGGCCAGUAUUGUGACCGGAAGUGUUGAAAGGCCCGAAGAUUCUGCCGUCGCAGCAACUCGGCGCUGCGGUCGCUCCAUGGCCGGGCGCCACCGGCCUCCUGGCCUCCGUCACCGCUGAUGACAUGGCACACAAGGAGUACAACAUGAUUUCAGGUCACAGCGGUGUGAACCAGCUCGGGGGUGUCUUCGUCGGAGGGCGGCCACUCCCCGAUUCGACCCGACAGAAGAUCGUCGAGUUGGCCCACUCUGGCGCGCGGCCCUGCGACAUCUCGAGGAUCCUGCAGGUCAGCAACGGAUGCGUCUCCAAGAUUCUCGGCAGGUACUACGAAACGGGAUCGAUAAGGCCCCGGGCCAUCGGAGGCAGUAAGCCCCGAGUGGCCACCGCAGAGGUGGUUAACAAGAUCUCGCUGUACAAGAGCGAGUGUCCCUCGAUAUUCGCCUGGGAGAUCAGGGACCGUCUGUUGCAGGAGGGCGUCUGCACCAACGACAACAUUCCCAGCGUGAGUAAGCUUCCCUAA